GUCGCUCCGCCCACGGGGACGUCGUCCGUUCUCGUCCGCAGAGCUGGCGGGGUCCUCCUAGGCCUCGUCGCGCUCGGGAUAUGUGGGCGGCGGCCUGCGGGCUCUGGGGACCCCGCACGGGUCUCGGGGCGCUGCUUGGCGGCUGCGAUGCGGCGUGCAGCCUCCUUCCGGGAUGCGCCCGGGCUCUCCACCGUUCCGCAGUGUCCUGCGGCAGCAAGAACCUACUCAAGAAGUUCGCCUCGAAAGCCCGAAAAAAGUUUUGGUAUGAAAGUCCUUCUUUGGGGUCUCACUUCACUUACAAACCAUCCCAGAUGGAAUUCCUGAUGAAGAAUACUGCAAAGAAAACCAGGAAGGAAGACCAUGUGCGCCUGAGGGCCCUGAAUGGCCUUCUCCACAAAGCCCUCGUGGACCUGCUGUGCACGUCACAAGUGAGCCAGGAGAUCUAUGACCUGAACGUGGAGCUGUCCAAGGUUUCUCUGACUUCAGAUUUCUCUGCCUGCCGUGUGUACUGGAAGACAACCCUCUCUGCUGAGCAGAACAAGCACAUGCAAGCCAUUCUGCAGAGAAGUGCAGCAUACAUAAGGCAUCUCCUGAUGGCCCAGCAGACCCUGAGGAAUGUGCCGCCGAUCGUGUUUGUUCAAGACAAAGAAAACGCAACUCUAGCUGAGAUUGACCGGUUACUGGCAAUUGCUGAUUUUGGACCCCCCGAUGAAAAAGGAGACUUUAUACAAAAUGAUUUCAGGGAGCCUGGGGCCCUGGAUGCUCUGCCCCCGUCCGAUGCCAGGGAGCCCGCCGAGCCCUUGAGUAUAAGCGGAAUCGACCAUGAGGCACUCAACAGGCAGAUCAUGGAAUACAAAAGGAAGAAAGAGAAGGGGCUUGGGGGUGCAAGCCCUGUGUGGCCAGGUUUGGAGCAGGAGCAGCUGGCUGAGCAGACAAAGCAGAUGAAAAAGAGGAAGAAGAAAGCCAAGCCCUUCGCAGAUGACGACCUCUCCCCCAAGGAUUACCUGCUGGGGGUGGCGAGUGACGAGGAUCUGGGGGACGACAGCGCCUUUGUCCGGUGAGCGUUGGGAAGCAGGAGCACGUGCAGACAGAGCGCUGGGUCCGCCAGUGGGGAGCCCAUGGCCCUGCUAUGCUCCAGCCUGUGCCCUGUUUCCAGAGAAUGCGAGCUCUGCCUGGAAGAAGAGUCAGGUUUUAGUGUUCUGGAUAGAAAACAUUUGUAACCUCAGGUCUCUGAAGAAGGGUGCUGGUAAAGGACGAAGUGAGACAUUUCAUACAAUUAAAAUCUUUGCAGCUUUUC